UGUACCCGGUGUACCUUCAAAUAUACUUAAGAGUAGCUGGGGUAAAUUUAUGUAGUACCCGAGCCGACAAUGAUCAAUCGAGCUAUACUUACAAGUACCCGGGGUACAUUUAGAUACCCGAACCGGCAAGACCAAUUGAGCGGCAGUAAGGAGAGAAGAAAAUACGCAUAACGAUCAGUCUAAUUUUUCAUCCUUGUUGAUGCAGUGUAAAGUUCAACUUCAUUUUUUUUUCAAAAAUGUUUGUGUAUUAUUUUUUUAAGUGAGCCGCUUGAUCACAUAAAACUCAUCAGCGUUUAGCCUUCCUAGUUUCGAACAACAACAACAAACAACAACAACAACAAAAUGUCAUUUCACAGCCAAAAUGAGCAGAAGACUUCAUCUAAGUAACAUGGAAGACUUUUUCCUGUCAGUUGCAAAUGGAACCCUCAAAGGAUUAGAGACAUUUCUUCAACAUGGAGGCAACGCAGAUCUUGCAGAUGCUUGCGGGAGAUCCCUCUUACAUAAGGCUGUUGAAGAAGGGAAUCUCCAGAAAGUGUGUUUGUUGAUUAACAGUAACUGCAAUGUCUCCAUAGCAGACAAGGAAGGCGUUACCCCCCUGCAUGAUGCAAUACGCCUGCAUCAGCACGAAAUCACAGAGGCCCUUGUCAAGCAUGGGACCAAUGUUAACAUCGUCAACUCGCAUCACACUACCCCUUUGAUGCAGGCUGUGAUAGAAGAAGAUUUAAUUUCCAUAGACAUUCUGCUAAGUUAUUCUGAGACCUGUGAUAUCAACAUGGAGAACUAUUUUCUGCAGACAGCACUGACUCAAGCUGUUUUAAAAGAGAAUGUACCAAUAUGCAAGCUUCUUGUUGCACGUGGUGCCUCUGUGAAGUGUUUGUACAGGAAAGGUUUUCGUCUGAAGAUUGCCCAUACAAUGUGUUCAAACAUUGAACUGAUGAAUAUUUUUCUCCCCUUGAAAUCUCUAGAUCACCAUUUUCAUCUUAUGGUUGCUUGCAUUUUCCAAAACUAUAGUCUAGCUGAGACAAUCUUGACAUUAUUUGAGAACCCAUUUCAACUGAAAGGGUUAGGAUUUAUUACCAAACAAGAAGAAACUAGCACUUGGGAAAGGUUGGCCAAAACAGUAGUGAAACCAUACAAGUUUGCAACUAUUUGUUCAGGAAACAAUAAGCUACUGUCCAUGCUUCUGAACUUCUGUGGGUCAGAACACAACCAUGUGCAGCGAAAAAACCACUCACAUAGGGCUACAUUACUAGUUAGACGUUUGUUCAUGCAUGGUCUGAUCAUUCAUCCCCAGACGAGUUUUGUCAGUUGCAAAUAUGACUGUCAAUGUAGGCUAAGCAUAUUCAAGGCAUUACGAGAUACUGAUUAUGUUCCUCCAUUAAAAGGGUUGUGUUGUUCUGUGAUAAGGCAAAAUAUGAGCGGUGCAGUGAACUUUGACCUGUCAGUUGUGGAAAAGCUCCCUAUUCCAAAACCUUUGCGGGAUUUUGUUUGCAUGAACAAUUGGUAGUCUGAAAAUAUUCACUCAACAACUUUUCUGAAUUUUAAAAUAAGCUCACCUGUGCAAAAUGUGCUGAUGGUGGGCUUUAUGUGAUCGUCUUUUGUCUGUUGUGUGUCAUCAACAUUUGCCUUCUUCACACCCUAGAGGCUACAUCAAUUGUACGAUCGCCAUAAAACUUGGUCAGAAGAUUUGUCACAAUGAUAUCAGGGCUGAGUUCGAAAAUGGUUCUGGAUGGGUGAAAAACAUGGCCAUCAGGGGGCGGGGCAUUUUUCCUAACAUGGCUAAAGUAAAACCUUGUUAAAACUCUUGAUUCACAUUAAUUGUCCAAUCUUCAUGAAACAUGGUGAGAACAUUUGUUUUAAUGAUCUCUUGAAUGAGUUCCUAAAUUUUUCCAGUCUGUUGAAAAACAUGGCUGCUAAAGGAUGGGCAUUUUCCUUAUAUGGCAAUACUAAAUCCUUGUUCACACUCUAGAAGUCACAUUAUUGUCCAAUCUCCAUGAAACUUGGUAAUAACAUAUGUGAAUUUGGAUGAUUUCGAAAAUGGUUCCAGUCUUUUGAAAAACAUGCCAUCCAGGGGGCUGGGCAUUUUCCUUUUAUGGCUAUAGUAAAACCUUUUCAACACUCUAGAAUUCACAUUUAUGAAAUUUGGUCAGAACAUUUGUUCUCAUGAUAGCUCAGCUGAUUUAUAAAAUGGUUAUCAUUCGUCGAAAAUUAUGGAUGCCAGUGGGGCAGGACUCUUUUCUUAAUAUGGCUAGAGAAAAACCUUGUUAACACCUUUGAAGUCACAUUUUUAGUCAAAUCUUCAUGAAAAUUGGUCAAAACAUUAAAUUUUGUUCUAAUGAUAUCUGGGCUGAAUUCGAAAACAGUUCUUGUCCGUUGAAAAACAUGGCUGCCGUGGGGGCGGGGCUUUUUUCCUUAAAUGGCAAUUGUAAAACAUUGUUAAGUCUCCAGAAGUCACAUUUAUGGUCCAAUAUUUAUGAAACUUGCUCUGAACUUGUGUUAUAUUGAUAGGUAGGCUGAGUUUGAAAAUGGUUAUGGGUUGUAAUAAAGCCACCUGGGGGUGAGGCAUUUUCCCAAUAUGGCUAUAGUAAAACAUUGUUUCUAUAAGUAUCUUUAUAGUCCAAUAUUCAUGAAACUUGGUCAGAACAUUUGUUUUAAUGAUAUCUGGACUGUGUUUGACAAGGGUUCCUGUCUGUGAAAAUCAUGGCUGCCACGAGGCUGCGUAUUUUCCGUAUGUGGCAAUAGUUAAAUCUUAACUCUUUUGGUUGAAAGCGAAAAUGGUUGUGGUCUAUUGAAAAACAUGGCAACUAGGGGGCGGGGCCUUAUAUGGCCACAGUAAAACAGGGUGCAGAAUCACGUGACUUUGUGGGGUUCCCUAUUUAAACUGUUAUGGAUGUAAACAAAGCCGUAAGUGGUGGUUUAUUGUCCCCUACUGGUGAAACCGGAGGGGACUUAUGGUUUACGCUCUGUCUGUCAGUCAGUCUGUCUGUCACAAUUUUCUGGAUCCUGCAAUAACUUCAAAAGUUCUUCAUAUUUUUUCAUGAAACUUGAACGUGGAUAGAUGGCAAUAUGGAGAUUAUGCAUGUCAUUUCAUUUUGUUCCCAUGUCAAGAAUUCUGGUUGCUAUGGCAACAAAUAUAUAUAAAAAUAUAAAAAAUACUGACAAUGGUGGACUUUCACCGGUAGGGGACCAUAUUGCUUGGCAAUCUCUUGUUUCAAAUAACUUUUUUAAUCAAUUUUUCUUAAGAAUUUCAUCUUGUGCAUAAAAGACAGUUUUAUAUGCUGCUUAAUAUGGCAAUGUGAAAUAUUUCAGAAUGAGUUUAUUGUCCCCUACCUGUGUCACUGGAGGGGACUUAUGGUUUGCAUUCCGUCUGUCUGUCCGUCACAAUUUUCUGGAUCCUGCAAUAACUUCUUCAUACAUGUAUGUUUUCAUACAACUUGAUAGAUGGCAAUAUGGACAUUAUGCAUGUCAUUUCAUUUUGUUCCUACAUAAAAAAUUCUGGUUGCUAUGGCAACAAAUUUAAAACAAGAGCUGUCACCAUAGGAUGACUUAUGCCUCCUAUAAACGCUUGAUAGAAGUUAUGAGCAUUUUUCGAAACCUAAACGCAGAUUUCAAAACCUAAACGCAGACCCUAACUUCAAGGUCAAGGUCACAGGGGUCAAAAUUUUUGUGCGUAUGGAAAGGCCUUGUCCAUAUACACAUGCAUACCAAUUAUGAAGGUUAUAUCUCAAGGGACAUAGAAGUUAUUAGCAUUUUUCGAAACCUAAACGCAGAUUUCGAAACCUAAAAGCGGACCCUUAGUUCAAGGUCAAUGUCACAGGAGUCAAAAUUUUUGUGCGUAUGGAAAGGCCUUGUCCAUAUACACAUGCAUACCAAAUAUGAAGGUUAUAUCUCAAGGAACAUAGCACUUAUGAGCAUUUUUCGAAACCUAAACGCAGAUUUCGAAACCUUAACGCAGACCCUAAGUUCAAGGUCAAGGUCACAGGGGUAAAAAAACGUGUGCGUAUGAAAAGGCCUUGUCUAUAUACACAUGCAUACCAAAUAUGAAGGUUAGGGUUUGCAAAAAGCUCAUAACUUCUUUUAAGCGUUUAUAGGGGGCAUAAGUCAUCCUAUGGUGACAGCUCGUUUUUUAUUCAUUUUACUUUUUCUAGUUUAUCGAGUGACCAAUUAGAAAAGAAGAAUUAAAAUGAUUACUAACAGCAAGCAAGCAACAUGUUGAGUGAGCUUUCAUCAUAAUCAUGUUAAGUUGAUUGAAAAAUCAGAAACAGAAGUAUUCACUAUUCUUUUAUUGACCAAACACUAGGUUAUUUAUUUAUAAUAUACUAGUAAUUUUGUUUAGUAAAUAAUUAUUUUAUAUAAUUAAUUGUUGACAAAAUAUUGUUUGUUCAAGGUUUGACGUAUUUUACUUUAACUACAGCCGUAUAUUCUUUUUAUACCAAAAACCUUUCCAAAUGAGUACAUUAUUGGAAUAAGAAACUUUACAAGAGCUGUUAUAGGACAGCAAGCUAAACAUUUCUCGUUCUUGCCAGAGAUUUUAGCUUUUUUGUACCAAACUGUUUUUCGCUCACCUGUCUUGUAGUGACAUGGUGUGCAGUGUUUUUUAUGGCAAUUUCGGGGACGAUAUUUGGCCCCAUUCCCCUCCAAAAAUAGUUUAUAUUUUCCCCCAAUUUUUUUUUUUUUUUUAGAAACAACUGCCUCAUGAUAGACAUAUCUCAAAUUCAUUUUAUAAACAUCUAACAAGGUAUAUAACUAUAAUUAAUAUGAUUUUUUAUUAUUAUAAAGAGUUAUAUUCAAUUAGGUUUUCCCAAAUCAGUGGACUUCAUAAAUUACAUUUUUUCCAAAAUGCCAAAGAAAAGGCCUGAUGUAUCUAUAUUGUGUCAAUAUUUGUUGAAAAAAACAUUCCAAUUUGGCCCAUUUUAUUGAUAAAAAAUGCUCAAAUUUGCCAUUUUAUUGAUUUAAAAAAUCCCAAUUAGACUCUAAUUGGCUUGGAAAACUGAUACUGUGGAUGAUGGCUGAACUGACUGAAACUAAUGUUGAACAAAUCAUUGAUAUAUAUUUAAGAAAAAGAACAGAGACAUUCAGCUGUGAAUAUUACAUUCAUACAUCCGUGUGUAUUCAUAUAAUAAAUAUCAUUACAUAUAAAAGAAUGACUUCUUAAUUUUUCCACUUUUCCUAAAAAAGAGACGCGUUUUUCCCCUUUGGACGGGCCCCGCCACCAUUCCCUUAUAGGUGAAAAAAACCACUGGUGUGACCAUGUGAUGUCCGGCAUCCGUAUGUGCGUGAGUGCCUGUGUGCAUGUGUCCGUCAACAAUUUGUUUGUGUAGACAGUAGAAGUCACAGUUUUCAUCCAAUCUUUAUGAAAUUUGGUCAGAAUGUUUAUCUUGAUGAAAUCUGGGUUGGGAUUGUAUUUGGGUCAUCUGGGGUCAAAAACUAGGUCAAUAGGUCAAAAAUUAGGUCACAUAAUAGGUCAAAAAAUAGUAAAACCUUGUGUAGACAAUAUAGAUUGCAGUUUUCAUCCAAUCUUUAUGAAAUUUGGUCAGAAUAUUUAUCUUGAUGAAAUCUGGGUUGGGAUUGUAUUUGGGUCAUCUGGGGUCAAAAACUAGGUCACUAGGUAAAAAAAAAAGGUCAAAUAAUAGAAAAACCUUGUGUAGACAGUAGAGGUCACAGUUUUCAUCCAAUCUUUAUAAACUUUGGUCAGAAUGUUUAUCUUGGUGAAAUCUGGGUUGGGAUUGUAUUUGGGUCAUCUGGGGUCAAAAACUAGGUCACUAGGUCAAAAAAGGGCUGUUUGUAAAACAUGCAUGCCCCCCAUAUGGGCUGUUUGUUGUAGUGGCAGCAAUUGUGUGAAUAUGUUUUUUGUCACUGUGACCUUGACCUUUGACCUAGUGACCUGAAAAUCAAUAGGGGUCAUCUGCGAGUCACGAUCAAUGUACCUAUGAAGUGUCAUGAUCCUAGGCAAAAGCGUUCUUGAGUUAUCAUCCGAAAAUUAUUUUACUAUUUCGGGUCACCUUGACCUUUGACUUUGUGACCUCAAAAUCAAUAGGGGUCAUCUGCGAGUCAUGAUCAAUCUACCUAUGGAGUUUCAUGAUCCUAGGCGUAUGCGUUCUUGAGUUAUCAACCGAAAACAAUUUUACUAUUUCGGGUCACCGUGACCUUUACCUUUGACCUAGUGACCUCAAAAUCAAUAGGGGUCAUCUGCCAGUCAUGAUCAAUCUACCCAUGAAGUUUCAUGAUCCUAGGCGUAUGCGUUCUUGAGUUAUCAUCCGGAAACCAUUUUACUAUUUCGGGUCACCGUGACCUUGACCUAGUGACCUCAAAAUCAAUAGAGGUCAUCUGCGAGUCAUGAUCAAUCUACCCAUGAACGUUUCAUGAUCCUAGGCGUAUGCGUUCUUGAGUUAUCAUCCGAAAACAAUUUUACUAUUUCGGGUCACCUUGCCCUUGUACCUAGUGACCUCAAAAUCAAUAGGGCCAUCUGCGAGACAUGGUCAAUCUACCCAUGAAGUUUCAUGAUCCUAGGCAUAUGCGUUCUUGAGUUAUCAUCCGGAAACCAUUUUACUAUUUCGGGUCACCGUGACCUUGACCUUUGACCUAAUGACCUGAAAAUCAAUAGGGGCCAUCUGUGAGUCAUGGUCAAUCUACCCAUGAAGUUUCAUGAUCCUAGGCGUAUGUGUUCUUGAGUUAUCAUCCGGAAACCAUUUUACUAUUUCGGGUCACCGUGACCUUUGACCUAGUGACCUCAAAACCAAUAGGGGUCAUCUGCAAGCCAUGAUCAAUGUACCUAUGAAGUUUUAUGAUCCUACCCCAAGCGUUCUUGAGUUAUCAUCCGGAAACCAUCUGGUGGACGGACCGACCGACCGACAGACGGACCGACCGACAUGUGCAAAGCAAUAUACCCCGUCUUCUUCGAAGGGGGGCAUAAUAAUAGAAAAACCUUGUGUAGACAGUAGAGGUCACAGUUUUCAUCCUAUCUUUAUGAAAUUUGGUCAGAAUGUUUAUCUUGAUAACAUCUAGGUUGGGAUUGUAUUUGGGUCAUCUGGGGUCAAAAACUAGGUCAAAUAAUAGAAAAACCUUGUGUAAACAAUAGAGGUCGCAGUUUUCAUCUUAUCUUUAUGAAAUGUGGUCAGAAUGUUUAUCUUGAUGAAAUCUGGGUUGGGAUUGUAUUUGGGUCAUCUGAGGUCAAAAACUAGAUCACUAGGUCAAAUAAUAGAAAAACCGUCAACAACUUGUUUGUGUAGACAGUAGAGGUCACAGUUUUCAUUCAAUCUUUAUGAAAUUUGGUCAGAAUGUUUAUGUUGAUGAAAUCUGGGUUGGGAUUGUAUUUGGACCAUCUGGGGUCAAAAACUUGGUCACUAGGUCAAAAACUAGGUCACAAACUAGGUCAAUAGGUCAAAAAAUAGAAAAACCUUGUAAACACAAUAGAGGUCACAGUUUUCAUCCAAUCUUUAUGAAAUUUGGUCAGAAUGUUUAUCUCGAUGAAAUCUGGAUUGGGAUUGUAUUUGGGUCGUCUGGGGUCAAAAACUAGGUCAAAUAAUAGAAAAACCUUGUGUAGACAAUAGAGGUUACAGUUUUUAUCCAAUCUUUAUAAAUUUUGAUCAAAAUGUUUAUCUUGAUGAAAUCUGGGUUGGGAUUGUAUUUGGGUCAACUGGGGUCAAAAACUAGGUCACUAGGUCAAAUAAUAGAAAAACCGUCCACAAUUUGUUUGUGUAGACAAUAGAGGUCACAGUUUUCAUCUAAUCUUUAUGAAAUUUGGUCAGAAAUGUUUAUCUUGAUGAAAUAUCGGUUGGGAUUGUAUUUGGUUAGUCAGGUGAGCGAUUCUGGGCCAUCAUGGCCCUCUUGUUUAGCAGUUAUUUUAGAUAUCAAGUGAUCACAUAUUUUUGUAAUUUGAAAAAUAUUCUAGGAGACACACAUUGGCCUUGAUUUUGAGUAGAAACUAUGUUUCUGUAAUUAUUUAAUGUGACCUUGACAGUUGACCGUGACCUUGCCUGCCUUUUAUGCAAAAAAAUUAAAUUGUUGUACACUUUUAUAUGCUUGUAUCACACUAGCUCAUAAUAUACCAUGUUCUUGAGAUUUUGAGCCAAAACCAUUUUUCUAUAGUUUGUUACAGUGACCUUGACCACACCAAACCCAUUUGCAAUCCCUGAACGUAAGGAAUUUAUGUAGCACACUCUACUAUCAGUAAUCUAGCCAUUCAACCGCACAACCCAAUCUAGAUCUUGAUUUAAGGCAAUCAAUCAAUUACAUAGUAAGCAAUUUGUUAUGGAGUUAUUGAACAGAAACCAUUUAUAAAUCUGAAUUUAGUUACUGUGACCUUGACCAAUUAUGCUAUCUGACAUUAAAUUUUUAUGUGCUGAUUCAAUAUAACUUUUUAGUAAACGAGUAACCAUUCACAAAGCAGUGAGUCUGUUACACAAUAACAUAUUAGAACUUAAGUGCUGCUACAUACCAUACUAAAAACAUUUUGUUUGUUCAACUUGUUCGCAUAAUUCCACAACAGGGAAUAAACAUGAGCAAGGAUAAAUCAGCAGCCAGUUGUUGGUAUGAAAACUGUCUAAAUUUAUUUGCUAACAAUAUUUGAGGUAAACAUAUCACAGAACCUUAUACAACAAAUGGCUGAGAUCAGUCACAAGAUCCAUCUUUCCAGCCAUCUCGCCACCGCUGGUUAACAAGUCCACAAUCAAAUUCUGGUUUCCCAAGUUUAACAUUCACAAUAUUGUGCAUUUUACACAUCCACUGUGAAAAGUCCUCCUGACUUCCCGUUUGAGGCUCAUACUUUUUCAUACUGAAAUAUAAAAUAUGGGAAAAAGUGAGAGUGCAUACACAUAAACAUGAGAGAAAUUCUUGCAAUCAUUCACUAGCCUCAGGAUUUAUCAAAAGCAGAAUAGCAGGGGAUCCCUUCUAUUUGUCUGCCCCACCUUGUUAAAAUAUGUUAUCCCUUCCAUUUUCAUGCCACAUCUUUUGUACAUGCUAUGGUAAAUACAGACAAAAAACUUGUUUUUUUAUUAUGGACAAUUUUAAAGAUUAACACACAGGAUGACUACAUAUUAACACUAAAUUAAAUAAGUAAGGAACAUACCUCGCGGAUAUAUGCAGAAUUGAAGAUUGAAUUUUAGUAAUAAAUUAAGGGGAAACACCACGGUAAAGUCACUUACCAUGUACAAACAUUACCAUCUGAUGAAUUUUCAUAAAAGAGGUCAACCUUUCCUAUUUCAAGGCCCCAGCCAUUUUUUUGUCUAGCUAAAUCCCUUAAUAGUCAGCCUUUUAUUGACCAGUUACCUUUACCAAACAGGGCCAUACAUAAAACAUUCACAUAUAUAAAGAUUAUGAAAGUGAAAUACAGACUUUAAUAACACUCAAAUUCUAUUAUGAUUUACUCACGUUUCCCUCAAAUCCUCUGCACAAUAAUUGCAUGGAUAGAACUUGGAAAACAGGUGCAUCAUAUCCUUCAUGUCUCUCUGCUGCUGCUCAGACGGUUGUUCAGGAUAGUUAGCAGCCAUUGUAUGCAAGAAUCCCCAAGUAUGUCUUCCCAAUUCAUCCUUGUCUAACGGACACUCUUUAGAAGUGGCUUUAACUGGCAGACUGCUGACCUCUGUCUGUAUCAGAAUAACAAAUCACAAAGACUUAUUAACAGUGGCAAAUUGUUUAAUCCAAAGAUCUACCAAUAAACAAAGCUUCAUGUAAUUGCGAGUUCCUGUCAUUUCUCAUGGCUCUUGAGUAAUGUGCAGUCAAUAAAUGCGGUUAAUAUCAGCGUUUUUCUUUUCUGAAAAGUCGUUGGCUGACUGGAGAAAUACAAUGUAUAUAAAAUUGCACUAAAUAACAUGUCCAUCAUCAAAUGACAAUUUGUGUUCUUUUCUUCAAAUAUAUUUAUCACUUAUUAGGUGAUCAACAAGUAUAAUCUGCAUAGUUUUUUCAGUAAUAAAGCAAGGGAAAAAUUAAAUUGUUUUUAGCUCACCUGAUUGCUCAGGUGAGCUUUUGUGACCGGUCUUUGUCCAUCGUAUGUCCGUCUGUCUGUCCGUUAACAUUUGCUCGUAAACACUCUAGAGGCCACAUUUCUUGUCUUAUAUUCAUGAAAUUUGGUCAGAAGCUUUGUCCCAAUAAAAUCUCGGCCGAGUUCGAAACUGGGUUGUGCCGGGUCAAAAACUAGGUCACUAGAAGUCACAUUUCAUGCCCAAUCUUCAUGUAACUUUGUCAAAAUGUUUGUCUUAAUGAUAUCUUGGUUGAGUUCAAAAGUGGUUCCGAUCCAUUUAAAAACAUGGAAGAUGAACAAUCAUCAUGAAAGUUGGUCAAAACAUUGGUUUUAUUGAUAUCUCGGACGAGUUUGAAAAUGGUCCAGAUCUGUGAAAAAACAUGGCCGCCAGUGGGUGGGACAUUUUUCUCUAUAUGUAUAUAGUGAAAAUAUGUGAACACUCUUGAAGUCACAUUUUUGGCCCAAUUUUCAUGAAAUUUGGUCAGAAUAUUUGUUUCCUUGAUAUGAGAGUUGAGUUCAAAAAUGGUUGCGGUCAGUUGAAUAACAUGGCUUUCUGGGGGGGUGGGGGCACUUUUCUUAUAUUUAUAAAGUAAAAUAAGCUUGUGAACACUCUAGAAAUCACAUUUUUUGCCCAAUCAUCAUGAAACUUGGUACAAAGAUUGGUUUUAUAUAUAUCACAUAAUUAUUGCCCUUAGAUUGUCCAAAUUUUCAUAAUAUUAUACAAAAUCCUUGUAAACAUUCUAGAGGUCACAAUUUUAUGAAUCUUGGUCAUAAUAUUUAUUUUUGUAAGCAAAGUUUGAUGUUUGGUAAGGGGGGGUCAACUCAAAAUAUAGGUCAUCAGGUCAAAUCUUACAAUAACAAAAACACUACAUAUGCCAGAGUUUUGGUUCAAUAAUGAUGAAACUUGACUAGGAUGUUUGUCUGGACAAUAUCUAGGUCAAGUUUGGUAAAGAUUGAAUGAACCGACUCCUCUCAGGUGAGCGAACUAGGGCCAUCUUGGCCCUGUUGUUCAUAGCAUAUGUUAUGAGAAAUAUACAUGUCAUUUUAUUUUGAUAAUCUUAUCUAUAAUUGUGCAGACAUGUGUUGUCACAGGCAUAUCAUUUACUUCUUUUAAUUCACAACCGGGGACAUUGUCUCCAAUAGAGAGCGUUUGUGCCUCUAUCACAGACAUUUAUUUUAGACUUUCAUCUUGCUUAAAUAACAAGAAACAGUCGGAGACAGGUGAUGCUCCCCAAAGGCUUUUUUGUCACAAUAUUGCACUAUAUAUUCAGAUAAAAGGAAACGUCUAGUAGUUGGGGGGACAAGAAUUGCACUAUAUGUACAAUUAUUGGAAAAUUUCAAAGGGCCAUAACUCUGUAAAAAAUCAUCCAACCAGAAAUGGCUGAUAAUAUGCACAUCUCCUCUUGGUAGUGAAGCUUCCCAUAAAGUUUAAUUGAAUUCCGGUCAUUAAUUGCUGAGAAAUAGCCUGGACACAAAUUGUGCACGGACGGACAGACACACACACGGACAGACGUCAGACGUCGAGCUGGCUAUGACAAUACCUCGGGUUUUCUCCGAAAACGCCGAGCUCAAAAUUAUAAAUUUUAUUUCCGACUACAAUUUGUUUAUUUUACCACUGUCAUCUAUAAUUUGCUUUAAUCAUAACAUUCCAUAAAGACAUAUUUCAUUAUAAGGUACAAAGGCAGUACUGAAAAAUGCACUUUAAAAAAAGCCAACUUAUUCUUAAAUUCUAUUAUGUAUUUUCACUUUGACAUAAUAUUGCUUCAGAAACACAUACUUUAAAAAUCUUUCAUGUAUUAAUUUACUCUUAUAUCCCUUUUUUUGAUUAAAGCUGUUAUUGAUAUUGACCCCUCGUUUCAUGUUUCACUUGUUUUGAAUUCAACAGUGUAAAAUCAUUAAAUGUUCAUUGGAAUUAAGAUGGAGUACAUGUAUACAAUGUCAGUGUCACGCAUGAUAAUUCCACAAAACACAAGAUAUCCCGCAGUCAUGUAGUUAUGUUUCCAAUCUUUUUGUUAUUGAUGGAUCACUGGCCUGCUUACUCAAGUAACUUUUUGUUAUCCCUCUUCCCCGCCAUAGGCAGAGGGAUAUUGUUUUGGCGUUGUCCGUCCAUACGUCUUUCUGUCCGUCCAGCACUUUUGUGUCCGGAGCCAUAUCUUGGAAGUGCUUUGGCAGAUUUCAUUGAAACUUGGUAUGAGUAUAUAUAUGGAUAAGAAGAUGAUGCAUGCCAAAUGGCAUUGUACACCAUCUGUUAAUAACGGAGUUAUGGCCCU